AUGACGCAGAGCCGCAAGCACGUGCUGGUCAUCGGCUCCGUGAACGCCGACAUCGUCGUGGAGAUCAGCCGCCUGCCGGUGCGCGGCGAGACGCUGUCGGCGUCCAAGCCCGACACGGGCAACUUCUUCCCGGGCGGCAAGGGCAGCAACCAGGCGGCGGCGGCCGGCAAGAUCAUCGGCGCCGACCACCCGACGCUGUCGGCCAGGUUCGCCGGCCAGUUCGGCAACGACACGCACGGCGACGCGCUCCAGAAGGCGCUGCAGGGCGCCGGCGUGGACACGGCGCUGGCCGGCCACCCGGCCUGCCCCUCGGGCCAGGCCUUCGUAUUCGUGUACCCGGACGGCGACAACUCGAUCGUGAUCGUGGGCGGCGCCAACCGCGCGUGGCCCGACGAACUGCCGGCCGCGCUCACGGACGCCAUCAAGUCGGCGGCCAUCGUGCUGCUGCAGUGCGAGAUCCCCGAGCGCAUCAAUGCGCUGGUGGCCAAGACGGCCGCGGAGACCAACGUGCCGGUCAUGUGGGACACGGGAGGCGACGACACCCCGAUCCCCGCCGACCUGCUGCCGCUGCUGACGUUCGUGUGCCCCAACGAGACGGAGCUGGCGCGCCUUACCAAGCGCGAGGUGAAGAGCACUGACGACGCCGUGGCCGCCGCCAGGUUCCUGCAGGAGCAGGGUGCCAAGAACGUGCUGGUGACGCUGGGAUCGGACGGAUCCGUGUUCGUCCCGGCCGACGGCUCGGAGCUGGUGCACCAGAAGUGCUUCAAGGUAGACAAGGUGGUCGACACCACGGGCGCGGGAGACUGCUACCGUGGCGCGUUCGCCGUUGCGUACGCCGAGGGCCGCGAGGUGCUGGACUGCAUGGCUCGCGCCGCUGCGGCUAGUGCACUCUGCGUGCAGCGUGCUGGUGCGUUGCCCAGUCUGCCGUUGGGCGACGAGGUCGUGGCGUUCCUUAAGGAGAACGGCCUGUAGGCGAGAGGGCUAGAAGGAGGUAUCCGUAUGAUGUAUGAACUGUGUUGAAUAUAUGCGCGCACGU